AUAUUUAUUAAUAGUAAAGGAAGGAGAAUGAAGCGAACGGUUGUUUUUUUCUGUCUAAUAUCCACGGUGUUACCGACAAAUAUACUAUUUGAUGAGGAGCCGGAGGUGCGGUAUAUGAUAUCGGCAACGAUGGAUGUACUGCAGCACACACAUAUAGAACUGUGGAAGCUGGCCCUGCAGAGGCAGAUGCUGCGCGGCAACGCACCCUAUGAGAUCGGCUUCCUUGUCAGGACUAGCGAGGAGCGCUACCGAAAGAUGGUAGACUUAUACAACGCGAGUGUAUUGUUGGACGGAAUCAUCCGCACGAGGGACCAGAUUCUGCAUCUGCAGAAGAUAGAGAAACUUCACUGGGACGUCUUGCAUCUCACCAACAUGCUGCAUGAGGUGGAGAGGAAAUAUAAGCUUAAACCCCAAGUACUGGAUAACCAUGUGUUCUACCCGUUCGGCGUCACACCCACUACUGCUACCACCACCACCACCGAAUCUACCGAUACGCACACGGAUACGAAUGCGAAUACGGAUACGACUUCGAAGACUUGGCUCCUGGGACACGACCUGAGCCUUGUGCACAACAUCGAUGACAAGUUCAGCGGCUGUGCUACCACUUCCGUGGACACGUCGGCCGGGGUACUGCGCGGACGGCCGUACGGCGGCUUGGCUAUAUUAUGGCGAACAUACGGCAAGGGUCCGGAGGUAGUUCCGCCAGUUUAUUUGAAUGGUUCACCGGUUCGGGUCGUAGCAUCUUUCAAGUACUUAGGCCAUUUUCUAACGGAGAACCUUCGCGACGACAUGGACAUGGAGCGAGAGCGCCGCGCGCUCGCGGUCCGCUGUGUUGUGUUCCACUGUUUGGGAGUGGACCCAGAUAUCGAGAAGAUCAUGUCCGAACUGAGCUGGACCAUCAAGCCCAUAUUCCUGGAUUACAUCAGCGUUGCCAAACCUGACAGCUUAAACAGCAAUUCCCCCACAAUACAGCACAUUCGCAAAGCGCGCUCCCUCGCCAGCACGCUUCUAAGCACCCGCGAGUUCAACGAAACUCUCUUCGGCAUCAGUAAGGACGAAGAUGAUGACGUCAUGAAAAUGAAGCUCUUCCGGCUCAUGUAUGAGUCGGUGAAGGAUAGCGACUUGAAGAUCAAGAGGGCGGAGCUGGUGAAAGCUGAUUACGAGAACUCCACGGGCUUUGAUUUAGGAUACGUGUUUGGCGAUGCGUCAGAUAAGCUGAAUGUAAUGAUAGACAUAUCGAAGACCCUCAAGAGAAUGUACGACAUUUGGAGGCCAGUGGAGCACGUCAAUGCUUACGAACAGAUCGCCAAUCUAGCUAUAGAGGUGACCCAUCUUGCUGACAUGGUCCGUACGAUCGUCAUCGGACCGGGCAAGACUCCUGGCCCCAAGAAAUAA